AAGUGGCCAGUCAGGGGGUACAAACUGGCAAGUCAGAGGUACAAACUGGCCAAUCAGAAGUACAAAUUGGCCAUUCAAAGGAGCUAGAGUAGCAUUUACAAGUCAGUCAUCCUACGGACACCAUCACUACAACACCACACGUGAGCCUGUGAAGCGUGAAGGAGUGGCAUUGUUGUGUGAGGAUGGGACACAGCGAGAUCCAGGGCGGUGGGUGUGAGGUUUGUGUGGUGAGACCAACACUCAGUAUUACUCAGCGUGCCUCCAAGUAUCACUACACUCCACAACACACUCCAGGAUUUUUUAAGAGUCUUCAAAUUAAAGCUACGGAAUCAUGUUCCUGCUCAGCAAGAUGCAUCAUGUCAGUGGUUGCUGCUCGGGUGCCCAUCCUGUCAUGGUUACCUUCUUACAACCUCAGGUCCAGCCUAGUCGGAGAUAUUGUAUCUGGUAUCACUGUAGCUAUUAUGCACAUACCACAAGGAAUGGGCUUCGCUAUACUUGUUGAGCUGCCUCCGAUCCGCAUAUACAUGCUUUUUUUCCUGUUCUAUAUAUGCUCUCUUGGGAAUAAGGCACAGUUCAAUGAUCUCUAA